CUCAGGGGUCUUUCCCCUCAGAUGAAGUUCUCUUACUUCCAUGAACAACGGACCCUGGAAAAAAUGCUGUUUGCACGACUGUAAUGUGAUGCUGUUCAUAAUGAUCCUGGUGUUUACAUGCUCUGUACUGUCCUGUCAUCUGUCAUUCGUAUCGUUUGCUUCCAGGGCAUCAUGAGUGUGGAAAAGAAGACUGCACGAGAGCAAUGCUGCUCCAAAUUAAAGAUGUUUUUGGUUGCCAUGUGUUUUGUGUACUUUGCCAAAGCAUUUCAGGGCAGCUACAUGAAGAGCUCUGUCACACAGAUUGAGAGACGUUUUGACAUUCCUAGCUCGCUUAUUGGAUUCAUUGAUGGAAGUUUUGAAAUUGGUAAUCUGCUUGUAAUAGCUUUUGUGAGUUAUUUUGGUGCUAAGCUUCAUAGACCACGACUCAUAGGAGCUGGAUGUUUAAUCAUGGCCAUGGGAUCCUUCAUAACUGUGGCACCACAUUUCUUCCAAGGACCGUACAAAUACGAGACAACAAUUUCACAUUUCCCUGCCUUCAAUGGUACAGAGGGUAUUCUACCAUGCUUAACCAUCGGGAGUCUUAUACAUGAUAAUGAAAUUCCCAUAGUGGAAAUUCAAGCAGAGUGUGAGAAAGCAGCCAGCUCCUCCUUGUGGCUCUAUGUCUUUCUCGGGAACAUGCUUCGUGGGAUAGGAGAAACACCAGUCAUGCCUCUUGGGUUGUCUUAUCUGGAUGAUUUUUCGAGGGAGGAAAACACUGCUCUUUACAUGGCUCUCAUACAGACUGUGGGAAUAAUGGGGCCCAUGUUUGGAUUCAUGUUAGGAUCUUUCUGUGCUAAGCUCUAUGUGGACAUAGGAGCAGUGGACUUAGAUACCAUCACCAUCAACCACAAAGACUCACGUUGGGUUGGUGCCUGGUGGCUGGGUUUUUUGCUAACUGGUGGAGUGAUGCUACUGGCUGGAAUUCCAUUUUGGUUCCUCCCCAAGUCUCUUCCUAAGCAGGGUGAGACUGAAACUGAAAGAAAUUCUAAUGUUCUAGGGGGCGAGCAGGACUGUUUCAUUCCGGACAACAACAAAAACAGUACUGCUCCCAACAAACCAUCUCCAGUUUCCAUGGCAGUUCUGGCUAAAGAUUUUCUGCCAUCACUGAAGAAACUCUUCAGCAACACGGUUUACUUGAUCAUCAUAAUUACCACAAUCAUACAAUUCAAUGGUUUUAUAGGAAUGAUCACAUUUCAACCAAAGUACAUGGAGCAAAUUUACGGCUUGUCAGCAUCAAGGACCAUAUUUUUGAUAGGCAUUUCAAAUUUACCGUCUGUGGCUUUUGGAAUUGUCACUGGGGGGUUUAUAAUGAAGAAGUUCAGGCUGAAUGUUCUUGGAGCAUCCAAGUUCUGCAUUACAGUAUCUGUUCUGGCAUUCUCUUUGAUGAUUGUUCAGUAUUUUCUGCAGUGUGACAACUCACACGUGCCUGGACUUACAGUGUCAUAG